AUGCCUGCCAGGGCGAGCGCCGCUGCUAAUAGUGUGCGGCGGCGCGCAAAUGUCACGCUGCUCGCACAGGAUGCACGGCACUUAUACGCGCGACUGGCUAGAGGAGAGUGGCAGUGUGACCACGGUGUGCGUGAUCUGUUGCAGACGGCCGCGGCUGGACCCCGAACUGUCGGUGGGCGAGACGGGCGGGCUGCUGGACAGCUCGGCGGCGCGGCACAAGCUGUCGGUGCGACCGCGCAGGAAGCACGCCGACCCCCGCCAGAGGGACCGCGACGAGCCCACCUCACCCACCGACCCGGAGGCCAGGUGGCUAGUGCGACGAUGCGACGACCCUUCGACGCAGGGCUGGGUGGCCGCCAAGUUCCUGGUGCGCGCCACGGACGACGUCGGCCCAGAGAGCCAGCUGCGCGCCGAGGUCGCCUGCCGGAGGAGGGAGGCAGUUGUUCGAGAACCUAA